UACACAUUUUGAGAUUUUUUUUGCAGGGCUCGGGAGUUCUCACAAGUUGCAUGAUCCUGCGCUCACUGAAAAUUUUGUCCGGCCCUAUAGGAUACUGGAGUAUGAAAAGGCAGAAGUUACUGAAAAUUCUUUUCCCCCCUCCAUCCCAAAACCAUCAAAUUCCUUGUACUUUUCGAAAAUGUUCAUAAAAUGCAGUAUCUCUCUCGGUGAAUCAUUGACAGCCAUGGCUUUUUCUUAUUAUUAUAUAACAACUGAAAAGUGUUGGGUCUUCCUCUUAUUCUUGUGGGGAGCCAUAAACUUGGACCACAUCCCUUCGCUUCGUUUCACUGUCUCUACUAAACAACUUGGUUGAGAAUUCUAUGGCCAAGCCCUUUGUUUAAUUUUCUGAUCAGUUUUUAUCUGUCUCUUAACUCCUCAAAUAUGACAAAAGAAGGGGAAGUGAAAGCAGCAAUCCGAUAAUGGAAAGAGUAUUAGGCCGCAUGAUUUUGUCAUUUGCAGACCAACCGAUUCAACCACCUAUCAAAGCAGUGAAAAGAAGGGAGAAAAAUAAAAUACAUGGCUCACUUUUCUCAACUACCAUUCUUCACUUUCUCACCCACCAUCCAUUCUUCUCUAAAGCACCACUUUUCUGCAGUCUCCUCUCCUUCUAACUAAUAUAUUAACACUUAAAGUGCCCCUCUAUUGCCCCAACAGCAAGCUUCUUAGUCUGAUAGGCUCUCUUCAUUAAAUUCCCCUGGUGGUAGGUGGUGAGUUUGAAAUUAAAUCUGCGGUCUCUUUGUUCUCUUCAGUUCUUAUGGCUGACUCGGAAUACUCUACUUCUAAUGACACUUCUUGUGUUGAUUCUCAAGAGCAAAGCAGCCAAGAAGCUAAGCUUGAAUUCUCUGAAGACGAGGAAACACUGAUCAUUAGGAUGUUUAAUCUGGUUGGAGAGAGGUGGGCUCUAAUUGCUGGGAGGAUCCCUGGGAGAACAGCAGAGGACAUUGAGAAGUACUGGAAUUCAAGAUACUCAACCAGUGAGUGAAUAUUGGGAAAUUUUUUUUGGUGGUUUUCUCUACAAAAGCAAGGGUUUAUUGGAGAGUUGGAGGAAGAUUACAGAUGGUUGGGAAUUUGAAAGAUCUCGAGUUUUUCUUCAAUCCCUGUUAGGAGAGAAGAUUUGCUCUUCAUGUUAUUACUCUGUUUGAUAUUUCAAGUUUCACUGUUUGUUUACCUAACAUCAUGAUUCCAUGUGGGUGAAAAUAUGGUUAAUCAAGCUCGAGUGUAUAAAAUUGUUCCUCUACUUUCUGUUUGUUUCCAUGGAAAUGGCUCCAGCUUUGAAUU